AUGGUUAAAGAAAUAAGUCGCCAAAGGGACACAAGUAGUUGGCUACCCCUUCCAGCAAAGCCUUGCACUGGGGCGGGCAGGAACCCACGGAAGGCUGCGCUUCCAGGCACUGCCUUGGCCCGCGGAGGAGUUUUGGCUGUCUUCAAAAACUAUCUGAAAGUCUUCUUUUGUGGUAUUUCCACUGCUAUCACAUGCUUUACAAGAGGACUUGACCUUCGAAAGGAAACAGAAGAAGUCCUUUGCCCAGCAAACUGUCCUCUGUGGCAAUUUUAUGUCUUUGGGGAUGGAGUCUAUGCCUCUCUUUCCAGUGUCUGUGGAGCUGCCAUCCACAGAGGGGUGAUCACCAGUGCCGGAGGAGCUGUAAAGGUGCAGACUCUCCCAGGACAAGAGAACUACCCUGCCGUAAAUGCCAAUGGGAUCCAGUCUCAGAUGCUUGCUAGAUGGGCUUCAUCUUUCGCUGUGACUCGUAGCAAGGACAUAGCGCUAGAAGCGGUUGGACGAUCAAUAUCAACAGCACGUCCCUCUACAGGCAAAAGACCUAAGAAGACCCUUGAGAAAAAGUCAGGAAACAAAGAUUGUAAAGCUGAUAUUGCAUUUCUCAUUGAUGGAAGCUACAAUAUCGGCCAGCGUAGAUUUAAUUUGCAGAAAAACUUUGUUGGAAAAGUAGCUGUGAUGUUGGGAAUUGGAACGGAAGGGCCUCACGUAGGCGUCGUACAAGCCAGUGAAUAUCCAAAAAUUGAAUUCUAUCUGAAAAAUUUCACUGCUGCAAAGGACGUUUUGUUUGCUAUAAAGGAAUUAGGGUUCAGAGGAGGCAAUUCUAAUACAGGGAAAGCUUUGAAGUACACUGCUCAAAAAUUCUUCUCUUUUGAAAAUGGAGCACGUAAAGGAAUUCCCAAAAUCAUUGUGGUGUUCAUAGAUGGUUGGCCUUCUGAUGAUAUAGAAGAAGCUGGUAUAGUGGCCAGAGAAUUUGGGGUCAAUGUAUUCAUUGUCUCUGUAGCAAAACCCACAACGGAGGAGCUGGGAAUGGUGCAAGACAUUGCUUUUGUUGACAAAGCUGUCUGUCGAAAUAAUGGCUUCUUCUCUUACCAAAUGCCCACUUGGUUUGGUACUACCAAAUACGUAAAACCUCUUGCCCAAAAACUAUGUUCACAUGAGCAAAUGCUGUGUAGCAAGACGUGCUACAAUUCUGUCAACAUAGCUUUUCUAAUAGAUGGUUCUAGCAGCGUUGGAGACAGCAACUUCCGCCUUAUGCUUGAAUUCAUCAGUAAUGUUGCAAAAGCUUUCGAGAUCUCUGAUAUUGGUUCCAAGAUUGCAACUGUGCAGUUCACAUAUGAUCAACGUACUGAGUUUGGCUUCACCGACUACAUCACAAAAGAAAAGGUGCUCUCUGCUAUCCAGAACAUCCGAUACAUGAGUGGUGGCACUGCUACUGGUGAUGCCAUUUCUUUCACCACAAGAAGUGUAUUUGGGCCAAUGAAAGAUGGACCCAACAAGAAUUUCCUUAUUGUUUUGACUGAUGGUCAGUCUUAUGAUGAUGUUAGAGGGCCUGCGGCUGCAGCACAAAAAGCAGGAAUUACAGUCUUCUCUGUUGGUGUUGCCUGGGCACCUGUGGAUGAUUUGAAAGACAUGGCAUCUGAACCAAGAGAAUCUCAUACUUUCUUCACUAGGGAGUUUACGGGAUUGGAGCAAAUGGUUCCUGAUGUUAUCAGAGGCAUCUGUAGAGAUUUCUUGGACUCUAAACAAUAAUGGAAAAAUGCUCUUGGAUAUGACUUAUUUGAAACUAAAAUCAGGAAACUGAGUUGGUCCCUCUAAAGUACAAAUGUUUUAUUCUUAUAAUAUACCAACAUAAUAUAAGGGAAUAAGUUAUGACAGGCUACAUUCUGUUUCUGUGGUCAAUCAAGGAUUCUCGCAAGCUCAUUAGAAGUGGCACUUGACAUGGGAAUGCAGAAUUUGGCUAAAAAUUAUUAUUUUCAAUACCUGUAUAGUAUCUUUCUUACACUUUAGGCUAUCAGAUAUCAGCUGUAUGUAUAUAAAGAAAACAUAAUAGAGCUCUGAAACUUGCACUGUCACUUACAAUUUGUCUUCUCAUGUG